AUGGAGAGGAAGGACCAUAUAACCUUGACCUUCUACAGUCCUCAGGUUCCCAAAAUUAAGGGUGAUCGGAACUACCAAAGGCCUACCCUCCCCAUCAGCCAACAUGCCAGUGCCUCGAUGUCAUCCCAGAGGCGGCAGCAGCAUUUGGAACAGAUACGCACCUAUACCCGCUUGUUCUGUGGCACUCUCUGUGUUUUUGGCCUCCUAAUCCUGAUCUGCAUGUCCCCUCUGAACUGGGUGCAGUUCCUGGUAAUCAAGAAUGGCCACGUGCUCUACGCAGGACUCUGGACCACAUGCAAACAUGAACUGUGCUGGAGCCACACACCCAAGCCCCCCCACUACCUCCAAUACUCUAGGGCCUUCUAUCUCAUCUCUGACAUCACCAUACUCACCGGCAUUGGCUGGUUCUCCAGGGAUUACCUCCUGGGAAGAGGAACCAUGAGCACCAAAUUGGAUCUGAAGGUAGCCCUGCUCAUCUUCACCUCAGCCAUUUGCUUAUUUCUCUGCCUCUUACUAUUCCUGUCUCAAGUUAACUGGCAUACUAAGAAUGUUCUGGAGUCAGAUCUACUAUGGCCUUAUCAUCUUAACUGGUGGAGUUGCUUGUUAUACAUGUUCGCUGGAAUAAUCUCUUUUAUCAACCACAAAACUUCCAGACAGUCUACCCCCACUCAAAACAUCACUGUGAUUCCUGUAGAGAAGUCAAGGCUGGGGUUUGGUCCAGUGACUACUACUAAAGAUGAAAGUGUAGAGUCUGAGGUUCCAUAUCAAAAUGAAGAAGAAACACCAAAUGCAGGACAAUGA